AUGCAACGCAUUGCUUGGAUAGAGCGGCUACAUACGCUUCAAAAAAAGUGGAUACUGGUAGUUUCGCAGACUAUUGCCCACUUUUUAUCUACUCAUCUUCUAUUACUGCUGGUCUCGUCUGCCGCUUGGGCUAGAAUCAAAAAAUAUUUUACUGCCAAACAUGCAAAACUUGCUCAUUCACAAUACACGGGUGGUGAUGACUUUCUUUCUACAGUCGGUACUGACAACUCGACAAUAUCACAAUCUUCCUGUAAAACCUUGCCCGUUCCUAAGCCACAGCCAUGCGUCCAGUACUAUGCAAACCAUCAUGGUUUUGACUGCCAUUUUCAUCAUACAACCACUCCGGAUGGAUUUGUCUUGGAGCUAUUUCAUAUUACCAAACAAAAGUCUCGUUCAGCAUCAACUCGCCUGCAAAGUGCUGGCCUUGAUUCCAAUACCACUUUUUUGGGAUCAAAAGGACCUGUGCUGCUAAUGCACGGUCUGUUUCAGAGUGCCGGAGUGUUUGUUACCAGUGGCCCAUCAUCGUUGGCAUUUCAUCUUGUUGAUGCAGGAUUUGAUGUGUGGUUAGGAAAUAACAGAGGGUCUGGUGGAUAUCACAAACAUCACGACUUGAGUUCGCUCGAGUUUUGGGAUUGGAGUUUAGAAGAACUCGCCCGGUAUGAUUUCCCUACCUUGGUCGAGUAUGUCGCAGUGAAAACUGGUAAAGAAAAAGUCACUUAUAUUGGCCAUUCACAAGGAAACGCCCAGGCUUUUCUAGGUAUAUCCAUUAAUCCAAAAAUGGCAAAACGAUUGCGCUGUUUUAUUGCUUUGGCACCUGCAGUAUAUACUGGUCCACUAUUAGAGAGUGGCACAACGGCUGCUUUAAUGGGAUUCCCCAAAGUCGUAUUUGAAUUGAUAUUUGGUAACAUGCAGUUUCUUCCAAUCAUGACAUUUGCGCAGAAAUAUAUUCCAAGUUCCAUUUUUUCCACUUUGGCUUAUAGCAUGUUUCACCAUCUCUUUGGCUGGUGCGACACAAAAUGGGAACUUGAACAUAAGAGCUCAUAUUUUCAAUUUUCACCACGCCCUACAUCUACCAAGGCUAUUCAAUACUGGAGGCAAAGCUCGUGUCGUGGUUAUAUCGGUUUAUUCGAGUCUGCAGAUUCAUCAAAUUGUUUACUCUCAAGUCAGUCUGAUGUUCUUGACCUGACAACAGUUACAUGUCCGCUUGUAGCAUUUUUUGGCAAAGAGGAUUUUAUUGUAGACGGGGAUCGAUUUUCUAAAAAAUGUCAGGAAGAACAGCUAAAUGUGCUGUAUAGCGAGCAUAUUGAUGAGUAUGAGCAUCUAGAUGUUAUUUGGGCCAAAACAGCACCAACAAUCGUUUUUGAAAAAAUUGUUGCACUAGUAAAUGCGUUGCCUGUGCAUUGAUCUUUAGGCAUAUCUACCGUUACCGUCGUAUUUACGUAAACUGGAAUAAAUUAUGGAUGCCAAAACACAAUAAACAGUCAAUCUUAC